AUGAGCUCGGCAACAUAUACACUCCCUCCCCUUCCCUAUGCAUAUGAUGCACUGGAACCCGUCAUAUCCUCCCAGAUUAUGACACUUCAUCACCAGAAGCACCAUCAAACGUACAUCACCAACCUAAACGCGGCGCUCGCAGCCCAUCAAACCGCCACUGCCGCCAACGAUAUUCCAGCUCUCAUUUCUCUUCAACAGAAGAUCAAAUUCAAUGGCGGUGGCCACAUAAACCACUCUCUCUUCUGGAGAAACCUCUCACCUCCCGGUAGCCCGGAAACAGAACUGAAAAACGCACCUGAGCUUGCCGCCGCCAUUACCGAGCGAUGGGGAAGUGUGGAUGUUUUUGUGGAGAAGUUCAAGCAGACUUUACUGGGUAUUCAGGGAAGUGGAUGGGGAUGGCUUAUUGUUAAGAGUGGUGCUGGCGGUAACGGAGAUGCUCAAGCGAAACGCUUGGAGAUUGUCUCAACGAAAGAUCAGGAUCCGCCUGCGAGUGAUGGAAAUGGUGAGGUAGUACCGAUCUUUGGUAUUGAUAUGUGGGAGCACGCUUACUAUCUGCAGUAUCUGAAUAACAAAGCCGGGUACGUGAGUGAGAUCUGGAAGGUAAUUAACUGGAAAGUUGCUCAAGACAGACUAUUGGGAGGUAUCGAAAAAGAAGUUACAUUUAAGUUAUAA